AUGAUAAAUGUCUGUCACUUAGGAGUGACGUAUACUGCGAGGGCCUUACUUGACUCCGGGUCUGAGGCUACGUUUAUCUCGGAGCGUCUCUUUAGGAUUUUGAAGCUUCCGUACCAAUCCGUACAAGCUAGAGUUUCCGGCUUAAAUCAAGCAGUGGCUGCCCAGUCAACUAAGAUGUGCCAUUUUCAAAUUGGGUCGCCAAUAAAACCUAGACUACACAUUGAGGCAGAAGCAUUUGUCGUGCCACUUCUAUCCGGAAAGUUGCCUUCAAGCUCCAUACCAAAGGAGCAGUUAAAGGACCUUCCCAGUUUUACAUGGGCUGAUCCUUCGUUUUUCCAGAGCUCACAAAUUGAUCUGCUGAUUGGGGCGGAUAUUCUUCCGUCUAUUCUUCUGAGUGGCUCGAGGACAAAGAUCUGUGGCACUCUGUUAGGUCAGGAAACAGUAUUUGGCUGGAUCCUGAGUGGGCCAGUCUCCAAGGCCGUGCCAAAAUCCAUUUCGAACUUUUCCACAAAGGUCUCGAUAAGCUCUGAAGCUAAACUCGAGAAACUUCUCACAAAGUUUUGGGAGGUGGAGGAUCUUCCAGGGAAGCCGGUAAAAGAGUCCGAUUCUUUCUGUGAGAAGAACUUUGUGCAAACAACAAGGAGAGAUGACACUGGGAGAUAUGUCGUCACCCUACCAUUCCGAAGUUGUGAUCGGAUUGAUCUAGGGCAUUCAAGAUCCAUAGCAUUGGCUCAAUUCCUAAAGAACGAAAGCCGUUUGAGAAAAAAUCCAACUCUUAAAGAAGAAUAUGAAGCAGUAAUCAGGGAUUACUUAGACCAGCGGCAUAUGUCUCCAAUCGUUCCAGACUCCAGUGGGAAGAAUUUCUACUUGCCUCAUCACGCCGUUUUUAAGCCAGAUAGCACUACUACCAAGGUUCGUGUAGUAUUCAAUGCUUCCUGCCCUACUUCCAAUGGAAAGAGCCUGAAUGAUAUCCUUCAUCCAGGGCCUGUGUUACAGUCCGAUUUGACUUUGCAGGUCUUACGCUGGCGGUUCUUUCGCUUCGUUUUCAAUGCCGACAUUACGAAAAUGUACCGACAAAUUCUCGUUGCUCCAGAGCACACUCCAUUCCAAAGAAUCCUGUUUCGUGAUGCAAAUGACCAAAUCUGUGAUUAUGAACUCAAAACAGUCACAUUUGGAGUAAAUUGUGCUCCGUUCCUUGCAAUAAGAGUAUUGCAGCAGUUGGCGAAAGAUGUGAGAACGACUUUUCCAUUGGCAAGUGAAAUUAUUUCUACUUCUAUGUUCGUAGAUGACGUACUGGCUGGGGCGCACACAAAGCAAUCUGCUGGUGUAGCUAUUGAACAGCUACGUGCGGCGCUCAGGAGCGCAGGAUUUCCGUUGCGCAAGUGGACGUCCAACUCCAAGUGCAUUCUCAAGGACAUUCCUAAAGAUCACUUGCUAAGAGAGGGUUUCUUAGAGCUAGAUGAUCAGAGCACUGCCAAAACUCUCGGGAUUCGUUGGCAGGCAAAUAAAGAUGAAUUUUUCUUCGUCCCGUCCGAUAUUACUCCAAAGGCAGUCCUCAGUAAACGGGAGGUACUGUCCCAAAUUGCAAGACUUUUUGACCCGGCAGGAUGGCUGGCACCUUUCGUGAUCCGAGCAAAAAUCUUUAUGCAGGAGAUUUGGCUCCAGCAGCUGGGUUGGGACGAUCCACUCCCUGCUGAGCUCAUGGGAAAAUGGAACGAAUUUCUUAUGAGCUAUCCUACUAUAAACCAAAUCCGAAUUCCGAGAUGGGUGAAAUUUGGUCCACAAUCCAAAGUUCAAUAUCACGGCUUCUGCGAUGCAUCGCAGCAAGCAUAUGGAGCCGCGAUCUAUGUCCGAAUUGAACACGCUCAGGAGGUUUCUAUUUCUCUUUUGACCGCUAAAACUCGCGUGGCUCCAGUAAAGACCAUGUCCAUACCACGCCUUGAAUUAUGCGGUGCAGUUCUUCUGGCUGAGUUAUUCCAAUCGGUUGUUCCACAACUCCCUCCUGAUGACUUCGACACAUUCUACUGGACGGACUCCACGAUAGUGCUAGCAUGGUUAAGCAAACCGCCAUGUACCUGGACAUGUUUUGUGGCAAACAGAAUUGCCAAGAUUACACAGUCCGUAGAUGCUGGGAAGUGGUCUCACGUGCGGUCUGAAUUCAAUCCAGCUGACUUGGCUAGUAGAGGCGUGGCUCCACAGGAUCUCGCCUCAAGUAACUUGUGGUGGAAUGGCCCACAAUGGCUACAGCUUCCUAAGGAGCAAUGGCCUACUCCAAUAGAAUCCGUACCUGAGACAGAACUUGAGCAGCGUCCUAUCAAAUGCAACUUGGCUAAGUUGCCACCAUCGGAGGAUUACAUAGAUCGUUUUUCAGACCUAAGUCGUGCCCUCCGGGUGACCGUUUAUGUCCUGCGGUUCCUAAGGCGUUGCAAGGUACCAUCUACGGUCUUGCCAACUGAAAUCAGUACCGCCGAAAUCCGAGAGGCACAAGAGUGUCUUCAUGUUCUGACCCAACGGCAAGGGUAUCCAAAAGAAUACAGUUGCUUGUUAAAAAAGCAACAGAUCCCAUCAUCCAGCCCUCUCAAGAACCUGAAUCCCUUCUUAGACCACAGAGGGGUACUGCGAGCAUCGGGCAGGCUUGUUGCGUCCGACACGCUUUCCUACGAUGAGAGACAUCCGAUUAUAAUACCAUAUUCCAGUCCAUGGGCCCGUCUACUGGUUCGAUUUACUCACCGCAUAUCCUUGCAUGGUGAGAGUCAGCUCCUAAUGCGACUCAUUCGAUCCAAGUAUUGGAUUCCAAAGCUUAAAACUUUGCUAAAAGCUACUAUUAGUGCAUGCAAGGUGUGCUUGAUCUACCGAAAGCGGUUGCAGACCCAACUCAUGGGGGAGCUGCCCGCGGAACGGGCCACUUUCUCACGUCCGUUUACACACACUGGCGUAGAUUUCGCCGGUCCCUUUGAGAUUAAGAAUUAUACGGGCCGUGCGUGCCUUAUCACAAAGGGCUACGUGUGUGUAUUUGUCUGCUUCAGCACAAAGGCAAUCCACCUUGAAGCUACGUCAGACUUGACGAGUGAAAAAUUCCUGGCGGCUUUUGCGCGCUUGGCUGGUAGAAGAGGCUGCCCACAGAAAUUAUAUUCAGACAACGGUAAGACAUUUGUGGGUGCCUCAGCCAUUAUCACGCGGGAUUUCCUACAAGCAACGAGAGAGAUGGUCACUGCACACUACAGCCACCAAAACCUAUCCUGGUACUUCAAUCCGCCAAGUGCUCCACAUAUGGGAGGACUGUGGGAAGCAGGAGUGAAGAGCUUUAAGGCGCAUUUCUACAAGUCUGCUUCCUCAGUCAAAUAUACGUUUGAAGAACUUUCGACAUUAUUAAUAAAAAUCGAGGCGUGUCUCAAUUCACGGCCCAUUUCUCCAAUGUCAGAGGAUCCUACUGACUUAUUAGCCUUGACUCCCGGGCAUUUUUUGAUCGGUGGCCCACUGCUAGCUCUGGCCGAACCAGAAAUUAAAGCUAACGCAGUAUCCAUCAUCAACCGUUGGCAACGUUUAAAGGGCCUUCAUCAACAAUUUUGUGUCCGAUGGAAGGAAGAAUACCUAAAGGAGCUCCACAAACGGAAUAAGUGGCAGUCACCAACUACGAAUCUCCAGGUCGAUGACAUGGUUAUCAUAAAGGAAGACAACCUGCCCACGAACGAAUGGCGCCUCGGCCGAAUUCAGAAGGUUUGCCCAGGUGCAGACGACAAGGUCCGAGUGGUGGAUGUUCUUACGUCAAGAGGCGUAAUACAGAAAAUGGCACCGCAUCCGAAGGCCCAGAAGCCAAACUAUCCGCCGCAAGGAAUCGCUUCCUAUCGGUGCCGAGUGUGCAGAGGAGUUCAUGCACUACGGAAAUGCCAGCAAUUCCUCAAGCUGACGGCCGAGAAACGCCUGCGAGCAGUACUUAUCAAUAAGUACUGCAGCAAUUGCUUAGCCCAUGAGCAUUCCGGGCGCUCUUGCCGCAGUGCGGGAAAGUGUCGACUUUGCCAAAGGGACCACCACACGCUUCUGCAUCUGCACAAUGAAGGGGGCCGUCGAAGACGCUCACUUCAACGUUCCCGCUCCUCCCGUAUGCGGUCACCAUCCAGAUCCCCUCACCGCCAUCCGCUGGGGCGGUCGGAUUCGGACCUAGGGGUCGAGCCGUUGAGCUCCGCCAGGCCUAGUUCUCCUGCUGCGCUUCAGGAGGAUCAGCGUGGCGCCUAUACCACCACGCUGUCUACCCUCCUGCAACAUAAGGCCACGAGUGUCUUGCCUACGGCUGAGGUGGUUAUCCACACCGGAGUCAAGAGGUUCGAAUUGAAGGCCUUGAUCGACCCUUGCUGUCCUACCAGUCGGAUCAAUGCAUCCUUGGCAAGGUCCUUGGGCCUCUCCGUCACAAGCGUCGGGACCGAUGGUGUGUGCACAGCGAGGCUCCAGUCGAUCAGGGGGCCGUUGGACGAGGAAGUCAUCUUCCACGUUGAUUCCCAGCUACAGCAGAGCCUCGCCCUGGCGGAUGAACGCUGGUUUCGGCCGAGUACCAUAUUCUUGGUAUUAGGGGCCGAAGUGUAUCCUCACAUCAUCCGUUCGGGAUUCAUUGCUGGUCAUCGAGGAUCCCCUGUCGCCCAAAAUUCCGCCUUUGGAUGGAUUUUGUCGGGCCCGUGCGGCCAUUGA